GUUAUUCUUUCCUACAGCCACAUCCAUCACAUGGAAGCAAAGAAUAACACACACAUUUCAGAAUUCCUUUUCCUGGGACUGUCAGAAGACCCUGGGAUGCAGCCCCUUCUCUUUGGGCUCUUCCUCUCCAUGUACCUGCUUACUGUGUGGGGGAACUUGCUCCUCAUCCUGGCCGUCAGCUCAGAUUCCCACCUCCACACCCCCAUGUACUUCUUCCUCUCCAACCUGUCCUUGGUGGACAUCUGCCUCACCUCCACCAUCAUCCCCAAGAUGCUGCACAACAUCUGGACACAGAACAAAGCCAUCACCUAUGUGGGCUGCAUCACACAGAUGUACUUUUUUAUCAUCUUUGCAGGAUUAGAUGACUGUAUUCUGACGGUGAUGGCCUAUGACCGCUAUGUGGCCAUCUGUCACCCCCUACACUACACGGUCAUCAUGAACUCUCGGCUCUGUGGGCUAUUGCUUCUGGUGUCCUGGAUCAUAAGUAAUCUGAAUUCACUGUCAGAGAGCUUAAUGGUGUUGCGACUGUCCUUUUGUACAGACUCAGAAAUUCCUCACUUUUUCUGCGAGCUUAAUCAAAUACUACAACUUGCCUGUUCAGACACCUUCCUUAAUAACUUGGUGAUGUAUUUAUCAGCUGGACUGUUUGGUGGUGGUCCUUUUGCUGGGAUCCUUUACUCUUAUUCCAAGAUUGUAUCAUCUAUUGGUAGAAUCUCCUCAUCUCAGGGGAAGUACAAAGCAUUUUCCACCUGUGCCUCUCACCUCUCUGUAGUCUUUUUAUUUUAUUGCACAAGCAUAGGUGUGUAUCUUAGUUCUGCUUUUAAUACAAACUCCCAACCAAGUCCCAUACCCUCUGUAAUGUAUGCUGUAGUCACUCCCAUGCUGAACCCCUUCAUCUACAGCCUCAGAAACAAAGACAUAAAGGGGGCUCUGAGAAGACUCUUUGCAAAGGAAAUUAUAAAAUGA